CUAGAUUCGCAGAUAUCGCCACCAUAGACUCAUAAGUCGUCUGCAAAGCAAAAUGUCGUCCGGAUUAAAUUUUACUAAUUCGUCUUUAAUUUCGACGGGUUCCCGUAUCACUUGGGACAAAGCCCUUGUUGCGCUUCUUCUGUACGCAAUUACGCUCGUAACAAUUAUUGGAAACGUGUUUGUGUUGAUUGCCGUAAAAAUGAAUAAAAAGUUGCAGACGACUUUUAAUUAUUAUAUAGUAAAUUUGGCGAUUACUGACGUAGCUGUUGCCGUGACUGCGAUGAGUUUUAUGGCUACACAUACUGUCCUAGGGUACUGGCCUUUUGGAGAAGCUCUCUGCGCAGUUUGGAUUUUCUUUGACUAUGGUAUGACAUUCGUCUCAGUAUUUACAUUGAUUCUUAUAUCAGUGGACAGAUUUUGGAGCGUCAAAUGGAGUGUUCAUUAUAGAACGUAUCACACAAAACGAAAAUGCAUCAUCUCUAUUGUUUUUGUGUGGUUGUUUAUGCUAUGUCUAUGGGUACCACCAUGGGUAUUAGAUAGAGUAAGGUACAGCGAGCCGGGUACUUGUUUUUGGGAUCCAUCAUUAAACAAGGAAUUCGUGUUUAUCGUUGCCAUACUUGGUCACCAUGGCCCGUAUUGCAUCAUGAUUUUCUGCUACGCUCACGUGUUCUUGUUCAUGCAUAAACGCAGAAAAAUUGUAGACAGUACAAUAGCAAGGUCCCAGUCAUCAACCCAAGUACAAAAUACACAAAGUGUUAACCAGACCAGUAUUUCAAGGCCGGUACAAACACCAAGAAUAUUAAAAGUACAGCCUGUGAGAGCAUUUUCGCCACCACCAUCUACUAACAGAAGCACUGAAUUUUCGAACAAUCACGUAACUGUCAGCUAUCUAAGAGUGCCUGAAAAUGGUAAUACUGUAUCGUCAGACGCGCCUUCAGGGUCUGAGGACAAUCGAACUAUCACGGGAGCUGAAAGUCGGAUGGCUCGAGACCGUAAAGUGUUUGUUACAUUGACAUAUAUAAUGAUUGGGUACGCGGUACUUUGGCUGCCGUUUCAUAUCGUUUUUGAUAUCAGUAUCAUAGACCCGACCAUAGUUCCGGAGCAAGUGCUCAAUAUGGCCUUUUGGAUGGCAUAUUUCAAUUCAACAAUUAACCCAAUCUUGUAUAACUUUAGCAGCGUGGAAUUCAGAAAGUCGUUUAAACGGAUUUUGAUUCGGUGUAAAUGUUGAGGUUUCCUUUACUUUAAGUAUUGGUAGAUCUAGUAUUAGCUUUC